GAUCUCGUCGAAAAAGACGGACGACGGGUUGGUUUCCUUUCAAUUUUUCACCCAAAAAUCCACUUUCCCAGCGGAAAAUCGACGCAAAAACACGAUUUCCCUUUAGUUUCAUGUGCGAAAAAACCAAAUCCAUCGCGAUUACAGCUCUAGCAAGGAUUUAAAUCAACAAAAAAAAAAAAAAAGAACAAUAAAUAUGGCGAACAGGUCAGGCGCGGCCCAACGACCCAACGGUCAGACCCAAGGCAAAAUCUGCCAGUUCAAGCUGGUACUACUGGGCGAAAGCGCUGUCGGCAAAUCCAGCCUGGUACUACGGUUUGUCAAAGGCCAAUUCCACGAGUACCAAGAAAGUACCAUCGGAGCCGCCUUUUUGACGCAAACCAUCUGUCUAGACGACACGACUGUCAAAUUUGAAAUAUGGGACACUGCCGGCCAAGAACGGUAUCACAGUUUGGCGCCAAUGUACUACAGAGGAGCCCAAGCGGCCAUUGUUGUUUAUGACAUCACAAACCAAGACACUUUUGGUAGAGCGAAAACGUGGGUCAAAGAAUUACAACGUCAAGCAAGUCCCAACAUCGUCAUAGCCCUUGCUGGUAACAAACAAGAUUUGGCCAACAAACGAAUGGUUGAGUACGAGGAAGCGCAAACAUAUGCAGACGAAAAUGGGCUUUUAUUCAUGGAAACUUCAGCGAAAACUGCAAUGAAUGUCAACGAUAUCUUUUUGGCAAUUGCUAAAAAAUUGCCAAAAAACGAACAAAACGCGGGUCAAACUGGCAACAACGCGCAAGGCAGGCGACUGACAGAGGGCGACACCGGUCCGAAAACGGCGGGAAACUGUUGCAAGUGAUGACGUCAUCGUCGCAGUGGAGUGCGUAUUUGUUCGGACUGUACUUUAGUGAUAUUGAGAAUAGUAAGAGAAAAAAUCGCGUCGUGUUGUUUUUUUUUUCCCCCACCACAAUUAUUUAAUUUAAUCAAUUGAUGGCAUUUAUAGUUUUCUUGAUUGAUAUUCAAAUUAUUUUUUUUUCUAUUGUGAUUUAAUCAUUUAAAAAAUAGGGUUAUGUAAAAAGCAAUUCUAUAGUAGCCGGAGAAAAAAAAAAAUAGGUGUGUCUGUUUUAAUAUAAAUAAAUAAAAAAAAAUCUUUAUUUAAUUUUUUAAGUACGCCUCUGGAUUGGUGGUUUGUGCACUACUACACUACUGCCAUCUAGUGAGAGAAAAAAUAAGUAGAAAACCACUUUAUGCCUCACAUAUACAGUGUGAACCAAAAACAAUUAAAAAAAAGAUUCAAAUCCACCACCCACAAGCCGUAUAUAAUAAUUUAUAUAAUUAUAGUUUAUUCUUUAUCGAUAAUAAAAUAAUAUUAGUUAGGUUUUAAAAAUUAGAGGUGAUUGUACAGAAUUUUAAAAUAUUCCAUUAUACGGUAAACACAUUAUAAUGUAAACACAUUAUAAUUAUUAUUGUGUAUAUUUUUUUAUUUGCGACAGAAAGGCCUGUCAAAUAUUGAAGUCUUCUGUCAAAUUUAAAAAAAAAAAAUAUAUUAAGAGCAUAAAGCUUCUAAUUAUUAUUAUUGUAAAUUUUUUUUUUUUAGGUUAUAUUAUUAUUUUAUUGUAAUUCUUUAAAAUUUAAUAGAAUAAUUAUUAAUUAUUAUGAAAUGGACGCCUCUGGUCAAGCGUUUGUUUAAGUUGUAUUAUAAUUGAAUAUAUUAUAAAUAUGAAUUUUA